UCGGGGUCGAGUAGGAGCUUCCUCCCUGUAGGCCUACAUGUACCUGCACACGGCCUGAUGCAGUGCAAUGAGAGAAGAAGUGAGCUGGCUUGCGCAUUGUUGGCGCUCUGCAUCUCACCAAAGAGAUAUCUCUUUGAUCUCACUCGGUUGAGCAAUGCUAAUUGUAGGAGCAAUAUCUCCAUCUUGCACUAUCUGACUAGAUCUACAAUACAGUCAGUAGAUCUACUUGUUGCAGUCUGUAGCAGAGCCUUUGCAAGCAACUUCUAGGAUUCACUCUAAACCCCAAAACAAGAUGGCUGAAUCUCCAAGCAAACGAGCACAGAACGGAGGCAAGAAGGGGAAGGUGGUCCUAGCCUAUAGCGGUGGAUUAGAUACUUCUUGUAUCCUGGUGUGGCUUAUUGAAGAGGGCUAUGAUGUUGUGGCUUAUACAGCUGAUGUUGGACAGGGAGAUGAUUAUGAUGCCAUCCGAAAGAAGGCAAUGAAGUGUGGAGCCAUUGAUUAUGUAGUGAAAGACCUGAAGAGAGACUUUGUGGUGGAGAACAUCUGGCCCGCUGUCCAGGCCAACGCCAAGUAUGAAGACCGUUAUCUGUUGGGUACCGCUCUGGCCCGACCCUGCAUCUCAAAGGGUAUCAUUGAGGUGGUGAAGGAACACAACGCACAGGCUGUCUCCCAUGGUGCUACAGGAAAGGGAAACGACCAAGUACGUUUUGAGCUGAGUUGUUAUGCCCUUCACCCAUCGAUUGAGAUCAUAGCUCCGUGGAAGAUGCCAGAGUUCUACAACCGUUUCCAGGGGCGCAAGGACCUGUUUGAGUAUGCUGCAGCCCAUGACAUUCCUCUUCCUGUGACUACCAGCGCUCCCUGGAGUAUGGAUGGUAACCUUAUGCACAUCAGCUAUGAAGCAGGCGUACUUGAAGAUCCUAAGCAUGAAGCUCCUGUUGAUAUCUACCAGAUGACCACUGACCCAGACAAGUCACCUAGCAAACCAGACAAGCUAGAGAUUGAAUUCAAGAAAGGUAUUCCAGUCAGUGUAACGCACCUUGGUGACAAAACAGUGAAGACAGAUCCACUAGAGCUAUUCCUAUACCUCAACGAGAUUGGUGGUAGACAAGGAGUCGGCAGAAUUGACAUUGUUGAGAACAGAUACAUCGGAAUGAAAUCAAGAGGUGUGUAUGAAUGCCCAGCAGGAGAGAUUCUGAUCACAGCACACAUGGAUAUUGAGAGCUUUACUAUGGAUAAGGCUGUCCGUAGAAUCAAGCAGACCUUGUCUCUCCGCUUCUCAGAGCAAUGCUAUGAAGGCUACUGGUACAGCCCUGAAUGUGAAUUCACCCGUGAUUGUAUAGACCGUAGCCAGGAGUGUGUAGAAGGCAAGGUAACAGUGACUGUAUACAAAGGCCAUGUCUACAUCAAUGCAAGAGAGUCUGCCCAGAGUCUUUACAAUGAGGAGCUUGUCAGUAUGGAUGUAAAGGGAGACUAUGAACCAGUGGAUGCCCUAGGCUUUAUCAAGGUCAAUGCUGUCAGGCUGAAGGAGUACCGUCGACUCCGAGGAGUAACCUUUGCCGGGGAAGCCACAAAGUGAUGAGCAGUGAUGGAGACACACAGCACACUUUUUAGAUAUGUGCAGAUGUUAGACAGAUAGGGAAGAAUAGAUUUAAUUGGUGGAGGGGUUACAUGAAUAUGUGUAGUGAAUUAAGUAUAAGAGGGUGUUUAAGAAGUUAUUUUAUAGUGAACACAUUUGUUUUUAUCAGGUGGAAGAUUUUACAAAUUUAAAAAAGAAAUGUUUUAGCAGUCAUUUUUGUUUUGAUUGCUUGUUUUUAAUGUUUUAUUUUCCAUCUAAAAUUAGUUUACCUCCAACUUUAUUUUCUCUGUUUCCCCCAUACCAUUUUCUUUUUUCACAUCCAUGUUAGUUUUGAAUAGAAAGUGUAAUUCAUGUGUAGGUUCAUUUUGCAAUGUUAUUUGAAGUGAUGUACUAUCACCUAAAACAUUUAUCUGUUUCCAGUAACUUGGAUAUACUGUUGUGCUGCUCAUCUUUGUUUUUUCACUGUGGCAAUAGUUCCAUGUCAUAUCUGCAUUUGUAUUCUUGUACCUUUCCCAGUGAUAAUGAAAUAUAUGGAGAAACUGAAGUACAAAGCACCUUUAUCACUUACAAACUAUUUGAAUUGUUUUUGUUCUAUUAUUUAACUUAUUUAGCCUUUGCUCAUAUGUAUUUAUAAAUACUGAAAUAUCCUGUUUGAAAAAGCUCUUUAAACAAAUAUGGUUUGUUCCCAUUCAGACUGUGAGCACAAUGGUUAUAUACUACUUCAACUGGAUUAUGUUUCUUGCCAUAGUGGUUAACAUAUUUAAGCACAAUUAUGUUCAGUAUUUCAAAAUACAUCACAGCACUCAUAUAAUGUUGUCAAUGAUCUGUUUUGCAUAGAUAUUUAUUAGAGAGCAGUGAAGAAAAUAACUUACUUUUUGAUUGGAAGAUUUGUCACAAAGAGAAAUAUGUUUUUUUUUAAAUCAUAGCUGUUAUACUGAAGAACUUUCUGAAAGCUUAAUCUCUCACUAAUCCUGUGUAUUUAUGUUUUCAUAAGGAGAGUAUUUGAUCGGCUAAAUGGCUAUCAUGUGAUAAUAAUAAGGAUACAAAUAAUGUAUUUCUAUAGAGCAUUUCCAUUAACGUGUUCAAAUGCGCUUUAAAAUUAUAUAACAAAAUAUUGCAGCUUUCAAGAAUCAUUCCAAAUAGACAUAAUACUGUCAUGGUCUUAUGGAUAUAUCACCGGAAUGUGGAUCACAUGGUUUGUUGUUCGUGUCCCUCCGCGACAUUAAUAUCUGCUACUCUCCACCCAGGUGUUACAUGGGUACCCUGUAGUAUGAGACAUUAGUGGAUUGUGUGCGUGCUUGUAAAAUGGCACCCGGCCAAAUUACUCUGUAGUGAACGGAGCGUGUGCGCUAUCAGGUGAUUUAAUCCAAUGACCAGGGUGUCAAUAAUUACAAACAAAACUAGAAACACAAUGUUAAGCGCUUAACAAAGCUGACUAUUACUAAGGUACAACUGGAUCAGCUUGCCUCUUCAAAAUGGCAUUUAUAUUCCCUCUUCUCUCAUAAAACCUUGAGACAUGUAACAAUGAAUAUUGUAUAAACCAUUAUGAUGAAAUACUUUGAUAGCAUAUUGCCACAAUAUGUCUGACAGAAAUAACAUUUUUACAUUCCACUUUGCAUCCAGUAUUCAAUAUAAGCAUAUACUUCAAUAUAGUUAUUAUUUAUUUAUUAUUCAUGCAAUCAUGUCAUUAGAGGUGACACUAAACAUGAUCUGUUAAUUAUUCAUUGUGAGAUUGUUUACUUAUGCCUGUAUGACAGCAUUAUAGAGUGGAAGUCCAUUAUACCAAUGUUCCUUUGGACCAAAGGAAAAAACCCUGUUAUAUCACUACUAAAAACAAUAGAAUACUAACUCGUAAGAAUGUCAAUUUUUUGUUUGUUUCACUGAGUUUUUGCAAAGAUGUUCCGAUGUAGAUUAGUAACACAUGUAGCUAGUGUACAUCUUUAUUUUUUCUGUUAUUAGAUAUCCAACAUUAAAAGCAAAAUCACUACAUCAUUAAAAAAAUGUCAUAUAUCCAAUAGUGCAUGAAAAUGUAUUUGUAGUAUUGAUGCAAUCUUAGGAACAUGUCAAUUCUGUGAAAUAGCCAAAUGUGUGAUCUAGGGAGCCACAAAGUUGCUGAUUUUGAUGUUUAUCAUACAGUGGUACCUAAAAUGAUUUGAUAUUAAAUAUGUUUGGAGUGGAAGUCAUA